UAAGUCGCGAGCGUAGUAUGCUGGCUGAAGCUCGAAGAGUACUACCUUUUCCGGUGGAUGGCUAAUUGCUGGUGGGAAGAAAGGGCAGAAAAGGAAGGCUUUUCGAGUGUGCUUCUCGCGUGCUCACUUCGCUGUCCGGACUUGAAGAGGAGGAUAUACCCUGGUGUGGAUUGUGUUUCUUCGGGCAGAAAAAUUUCUUACUUUUCUGCUUUUUCUUUCUCAUCAGAGCGGAGAUUAUUAUUCGGCUCGGUGUACGUUCUAUAGGUAUACGAUGAUUUUAUGAACGGAUAGGUGAACGUUCGCCCACACAGAGACGUAUUUUGUGUAUUGUGACGGAAUAUAGCCGGAUGAGUUUUCGAACCUUGUGAACAGACACUGCUAUUUUGUGGGUGUUGAAGUGAUCGCUGACGAGACCAGGAGUGAAUUUCGGCGAAUCGUGAAAUUUUACUGCAGAUCUCUGAUUACAAAAUGGGUUGUUUUGGGAGCAAAGACAAAUUAAGCAAAGAGGACAUGGAUUUCCUAAAAUCACACACAAGAUAUGAUGAAGCGACUAUAAAGGAAUGGUACAAAGGCUUUAAACAAGACUGCCCGAACGGUAGGUUAACCCCGGCGAAAUUCGUCGACAUGUACAAAAUGUUCUUCCCCUCUGGCAACGCGGAGGAAUUCUGUGAUCACGUCUUCCGUACAUUCGACAUGGACAAGAAUGGCUACAUCGAUUUCAAGGAAUUCCUAUUGGCUAUCGAUGUUACAUCCAGCGGAACGCCGGAGGAGAAGUUGAAAUGGGCAUUCCGCAUGUACGAUGUUGAUGGGAAUGGUGUGAUCGACAUCCAGGAAAUGACCAAAAUUGUGCAGGCAAUAUACGAUAUGCUGGGCGCGUGUUCAAGCAACAGACCGGCAGACAGUGCGGAGGAAAGAGCGAAGAACAUAUUCGCAAAAAUGGACGAGAAUAACGAUGGUCAGUUGACUCAAGAUGAAUUUCUGAAGGGUUGCCUUCAAGACGAAGAGCUGUCUAAAAUGCUGGCCCCCUAAUUCGUAUACCUUGAUUCGGGACCACCUUAUUAAAAGAGAUACCAUACUAAACGGGCAACAUCGGACAAACAUACACGUUUUCUUAUCAGACCACAUGCAGCCAAUGCGGCUCGAAGAACGUUCGCUUGGCGAGCAUAAACUCGAACCAAAUCGUCGAAUCGUUCGAUUAACGACAAAUACAAACGAAGAUGAUAUGAAGAGGGAAAAGAAGCUUCCACAGUGUCAGCCUUAAACAUCCUCCAACGGAAAUGACAGCUUCAUCGAGGAAGACGCAUCGAGUUUACGACCCACCUUAAUUGUAAAUGGUCGAGUAAUAGUGGAACUUUAACGGAUGUUUCGUGAUAGAAAAUGGUAAGGCAAUCGCAUUUCCUUUUGAUAUUGGAACAACGAGGACGAAAGUGAUGAUGGGUGACGUUCAGCGAGUGACAUCAGGGUGACACAACGAAUACUAUUGAAAUGCUGUUUUGCUACUACGAUAAUUAUGGACGUAAAAGUGAUCGAUUGAACUGUUAACUCUUUCGUUGCACCACUAUAAGUCUGUUAGAAAUUCUUAUCGUUGUGUCUUACGCUUCUGUACGCAUUCAUUUAACCCGUUUGCAUCGUUUUCAGGGUAAGAAAGUGUCUGUCUGUUUUUUUCUUUCAACCAUUUCCUUUGCUCCUGAUAGACUAAUGUGUAUAUUGAAUAAGUGAACGUAGGUGAACGGAGAUUUUCUCAAAGCUUCAGACGUUCAUGCCUGACGGCGUCUUAAGAUGUCAAGCUAGCUCGUCCUUCUGACGUCAUAAGAUGUUAAAUUAGAAUUUUCCUUGAUUUGGUCCAAAUGUUUUAGAAAUACAAAGAGGACGUUAAAUAUGGACAUCUUGUCUCUUUGUGUAACCAUAAGGACUCGAGGGUCCUUUAUGCAGCGUUCUCUUUCUAUCAGCAUUCCAUUCUAUAGGUUCGAAUACUACACUUUGGAAUAAUAGUAAAAUGGUAAUUGUCUAUUGGAGUAGCACAUGAAUUGAAAUUAUUAUUAUUGAAUGAAAUUUUUAUCAAUAUAGUAAUAUUAAUGGUAAUACUUUGGAAUAAUAGAAGAAUUCUAUGGAACGUUUUAAAAUGGUCUAUCCACUAGUUGCAGGCUAUUUCUAUCCUAACUCCACCACAGAAAUGAUUUUAAAAUCACUAUACUACUUGGAAUUUGCUAUCUUCAAAUUUCUACCAAAAUCUGCUUCCGAUGCAAAAGGGUUAACGUUCAUAUUCGUUCAAAUACACCGUCGAACAGUUUCCAUGAUGAAAAAAAAAGGAAAAAAGAAAACUAAAAUCGCUUGCACAUGCGUCUUUGAUUUUUCUCAACGAUGCACGUGCAAGGUCCUUUUAUACGUACUGCACAAUGUUACGAUUACUAUAAUGAAUAUAUAAUAUAUGUCAUGUAAUAUAUAGUCGAAUAUAUUACUUGUCAUAUUAAUACGUGUUUAGCAAAAUUCUGUGUAAUAUGUGUAUCACGUGAAACAUUAUAUUACGUAUGAUAUAUUUAUACUAUUACGUGUAUAGGGUAUACAGCAAUGUGUUUUUGCGAAAAUAACAAAAUGGUACGUAUUUGACCCCUACAAAGUAAAAUCUAUACGUUGUAUGGUGUCAGAGAAAUUUUAUUAAUUAACACGUUCGAUGCCGAAUUCUUAGAAACGAGUUGCUCGCUGUGUGCCGUCACAUUGAAACCUGAAGGACUGAGCACGCGAUAUAGCGUGAGGGGCAUCGAACGUCUUAACACAGGUAGCUGCUAAUUAAUUAGUAGCUUAUGAAAAUUUCUUUAUUUCAUAUAUUUGCUAUUUUUCUUUAUCACUUGUCGGGGAUUUCAGAUAUUCAAAUUAAAUUUCAUUUUAUUUAAGUGGAAAUCCGCUUUUAAAAAAGUUUUAUAGAUAGCAACGAUGUUGUCCUUUCGAGCUACGUACAGGUGCCACGUAGGUCACGGAUGACCCACCUCGUUAAUCAGAGGCACAAUUUUAACGCGCUGACUGCCGCAGUAGAUACAGCUAUACCUAGUACGGUACACGGAAUAGGUACUGCUAAGAGUAUUAAAGAUUCAUUUUUUUAAUUAGUCUAAUUUGAAACAUUCAGUUUCAAGGGAAUCAAAAAUGUAAAUAUAAAUAGAGUCAUUAAUAAUUCUGCGUGUAAAGAUCAAGCAGGUAUCUUUUUUUUAAAUUCAAAGUUUAUUAAUUUCUUAUUAUACUUCGGGUCGUGAUUUUUCUCGAAAUAGGCAAAAAAUUAAAAAUAGUGAAUUUGUUUCUUUUUUUUUUUUUCUAAUUAUAAUUCAAUCGAUGAUAGACGGAUAUUAACUAGGAAUAAUAUUCGACCAAUUUGCGCGGUUACGAUUAGGUCAAUGUAUUUAGGCAAACAAUUUGUCCUCUCGUGCAAGGAUCGUUGAUAACGUACUUUAGAAUUCUAUGAAUUUAUAAAUCAUCGAUAGAGAGUGUCUACCUAUUAGGACUUGCUCGAACAAGAUUUACAAUCUAGAUAUCUAUUGCUACUAAUCUGCAAAAAGAAAAAAAAAAGUCACAUCCGUGCAAUUGAAGUAUAAAUUACGUAUUAGAUUAAGUACAUAUCAUUGCCUGUUCGUGAAACGAAACCGAUUUUCGCUUCGCGUUCUCGCACUGCGUAAACGUGCUUCAGAUCCAUACCACAAUUUCAGUCAAUUUUAAACAAGCUGUCGUUUCGUCGUGCACGUAUAUUUCACGUGCACGAUACAUCUCUAUACGUAACGCCACAGUUGCACCGAACGAUGCGCUUUCGUAGGAUGCACCCACACUCCCUAGGAGGCUGCAUGCAGCUGCAUAACUGACAUUGCAGCUGGGGCUAUUACGCGAUGCCACAGCUGUAUACAUUACUUAUAUGCAUAAUUUGCCCUGGCUGUAAUCUCACUUACCGUAUGCACAUGCAGCCUGCUAGCAAAAAGUCUCACGAAAACGCAUCGCUGCUCGAACCUCCAUUAUUCGAAUUUAAACAAAAAGAAAUACGACAGAAUUUAAAUAGUAAAACUUUUGGGAUAAUGGAACGUACCUAUGCUUAUUUUGCAUUUAUUUAUUUUUAUACAGGAUGUCCUAAACGGUAUAGUCUAGUACAGAAUAAUGUUAGGUGAAUACUGGAAUGAUGAAUAUUUCGAUAGUGGAGGUUCUACUGUAUUAAAUAUAUUAUACGGAAUUAUGUAUAAUUGAACACGGUGUAUAGAAGAAACACCUAUACUAAUUUGCUACAGAUUAGAUAUUCGAAGAUGUUUAUUGGUUUAACCCUUUGCGGUCCUAUAUUAAUCCAUUGAUGACCUACCUAUGUUUGAGAGUAUUAAUGGUAUGCCAUUUUGAGAUAUGACAGUAUGGCAAAUGAAGAAGUCCCCAAAAUUAAUAUAAAGUUUCAAAAAAUAUUGGUGAUAAAAUAAAUUUUACCUAGGAAAGUUCACUGCAUAUUCGAGUCCCAAUUGACCCAUCAGUGUCAACGUGUAUCGUCUGCGGGCCUAAGCCAAUCUUAAUCUAACUUAAUCCUUUGCGUUCAGAACCAGAACCUAACCAGUCUACGCGCAGCAGGGUUGUCAAUGGAUUAAGAAUAUUUUAAUAGCAUAAUUAAUAUACAAUUUUGCUUUCAUUCGACUAUACUAUCUACUUAGAAAAAAAAAACCCUAAAAUGACCACAAUCCAAACGACACUAUUCAGACUGAAUGGAAAAUGGGAAAACUAAACUGUACCGCAAAGUGUUAAGGAUAUUAGACACGGUGUUAGUUUUCUAGGAAAUCUCGACGUGUGUGUCAGAAAAACGUGAUGUUCUACUGCGCUGUUCCUUCUUUAUUUCACGAGCCACCGGUAGCCAAAAUAUGCAGAUAAAAAUAAAAAAAAUAAAAAAAAAAUACAUAAAUAUAGUUUGUACAUACGUACUAUCCACAAUUCUGAUCAGUCAUUUUGCUAACCAAUAGUCUGUUCGUAAUCUUUCGCUUGAUUUCCGGCGAGCUGGAUCCAAUAAUGCAGAACAGAACAUCGCAAUUCUUCUCAAACCCGAAAGUGCAGCAUUGACAAUCGAAAUAAUAAGUUUCCUUAUCGAACGAGUCAGUGAACAUAGGUGAACAGAGUUUUAUAAAGCUUAACCCGUUCAGGUCAGGUGGCAUCGUGAGAUGGACAGUUGGCCGGGCGUCCGAAUGACAUCGUAAGAUGUCAAACUGACACUGCGUCCCGGCGGCGUCAUAAGAUGUCACGUUUAAUUUACAGAAAUUUUUCUCAUCCAGUUUUGUCCAGGACACCGAAGGAAAUUAUUUUUCUCCUGGCCUGAACGUGUUAAGAAAGAACCUAAAGUGCAUUAUAUAGAAACAAAGAUCUCCAUCUUUGAACUUCACGCAUACAAAACUAUGAAAUUCCAUGAAUUACCAAAAAAAUUUGGUUGUUCCAGUUUUUUAAUUUUUUUUUUAUUUUAACUACUUUUAAUUUCAGUAACGUGGGUGGGUUAUAUUUUCCUGAAUAUUUUUAAAACAAUAACCUCAUUAACGUUUCACGAAGGAAAUUAAAAAAUAAAAAAGAUCUUUUUAACGCUAUACAAAGACCUAUUGAUCUCUCGGUCUUUGAUGAAGUUGCACGUGACGUUAAAAUUUUAAAAGGAUCAUUUCAUCAUUUCUAUGAACUUCGUUUAGUUUUUAACAAGAUUUUACUUAACGCUUGAAAGCUUUGAAAAAAGAAAUUUUAAAUGAUAUACUACGGUGUGAAUUUUAAAUUGCAACAAUUUCGUGAUAAAAAUGUAUGGAAUAAAUGCAAGGUACCAAUUGAAGAAAUGUUCAGUUACUUCGUAGCGAGAAACAAUGCAAAAACACUGUCAAUUCAAUUAAAAAAGAUUUUAAAAGGAACACGAUACAUUGAACAAAGAGAGUUAUGGUUACGAUGCGAACAAGAAACUGAAUUAUUCUACGCUAUACUUGCAGUCUAUGCUA